UCGAAAGAGAAAGGAAAAAAUAAGAAACACUUCGAAUAUUCCAAAUUCAUUCGAAAAUUGGACACAGAAAUAAUAUAUUUGUCCAUAUGUUAGAUGGUGACUGUUAGAAGCUUCUGAGCCAACUACGAGAGAUCGGAGGGUCCCUGAGACGAAAUAUAAACUCUUAUGCGUGCUUAAUCGCGAGUCUGUGACACGAUUUGCGGGAGUUUCAUUUACACUUCUUCGGGAGCUGAAAGCACGUUCCUGUGUGUAUAUUCCUGGGUUUGAACAAUAACUUCACGGUUUGAGCAUUACCAAUAGACUCUUAACUGUGCGUGAUUUUUCCGUUUAAUCCGUAAGCCGGUAAUUUUAGUUUCAACUUUUGACUUGUUUCUUUGGGAACCAAUACCAAAAUCAUGACGUAAAAUUAAUUUCAAGGAUUUCCUGUGUCACGUGGUUUUCUGCAGAGAUGCAACCCUUUUUCGUUGCCAUGAUAUGAAGUGCAAAUCCAAGACGGCCGCCCGAACAAGACGCGAGAAAGAAAACGCCGAGUUCUAUGAACUGGCGAAGUUACUUCCCCUACCGUCCGCCAUUACUAGUCAGCUGGACAAGGCGUCCAUCAUACGGCUAUGUACCAGCUAUCUCAAAAUGAGGACGGUCUUCCCCGACGGACUAGGGGAUGGUUGGGGUCAAAGGUCACCGCCAAGAACCUUGCUGGAAAAGGAACUUGGAUCACACCUUCUUCAGACACUAGAUGGCUUCAUAUUCGUUGUUGCCCCAGACGGGAAAAUUAUGUACAUAUCCGAAACCGCAUCCGUCCAUUUGGGAUUGUCACAGGUAGAACUGACAGGAAACAGUAUUUAUGAGUAUGUACAUCCGGCAGAUCAUGAUGAAAUGACUGCGGUGCUCAAUUAUCACUCCUCCCCUUAUCCAUGCUGUUAUAAAGAGUUUGAAAUAGAACGGUCCUUUUUCAUUCGAAUGAAGUGUGUACUUGCCAAAAGGAAUGCGGGUCUUACUUCCGGUGGAUACAAGGUUAUUCACUGCGGGGGGUAUUUAAAAAUCAAACAAUACAACAUGGAGAUGUCUCCUUACGAGGGAUGUCAACAAAAUGUCGGACUAGUCGCCAUUGGUCAUUCACUUCCGCCCAGUGCCAUAACGGAAAUGAAGAUGUUCAAUAACAUGUUCAUGUUCCGUGCAAGCCUCGAUUUGAAACUCAUUUUUCUGGAUGCAAGGGUCGCUCAGCUGACUGGAUAUGAGCCCCAGGAUCUGAUAGAGAGGACCCUGUAUCAGUACAUCCAUGCCUGUGAUAUUCUACACAUGAGAUUUGCUCAUCACACACUUUUGUUAAAAGGUCAAGUCACCACAAAGUAUUAUCGUUUCCUGGCCAAGGACGGCGGAUGGGUCUGGAUACAAAGCUACGCUACAAUAGUUCACAACAGCAGAUCAUCUCGGCCACACUGUAUAGUGAGCGUGAACUAUGUUUUAAGUGAAGUUCAAGCAAGAGGUCUUCAGAUCCAGUUAGAACAAACUGUUCAGAAAGAGCUUUCCCCAUUCUCCACCCUCCCAGGUAGAUCUCCGGGAAAGUCAAGAUCGGCCAAGUCAAAACAUCGACGAUCACCUUACUCACAGAAUACAAGCAAUCAGGAAUUUCCUUCUGAGUUUGAGUUAGUUCCUGAAAUGGCUAGCACUGACUAUUGUCAUAUAAUACAACCGAAUCCACAUUACGAGGAUCCAAUGGGGAAGUUUGAGCCUCUCUAUGGGCAUGCGUUUCCAGGCGUCUUCCAUCCUGAUUACUUUCCUCAUCCAUCAUAUCAUCCACAAACUCAACCUUUUGCAGACGAUCGACACCAUUGUAAACUUGAAGCAGAAAAGUAUUUUCCAUAUAAGAACGUGGAUCAUCUCUCAUCAUGUAUGAAUUCAUCUAGUCCCAAAUUAACUCAUUUGGAUACAUCAACUGAAAGCAGGACUAACAUUUCACCUCGAUUCGAAUACAGGUCCGCUGGACCAUGUUCCCGUAGCAGCAGUCGUGAUGCUGUAUCCGGGUAUCCUUAUAGCAACCAAUCGGAAUCUUCCACGUCAGAAAUUGACGUAGGUAACGAUGAAAUUGAAAAACGAUCCUUAUCUUCAUCUUUUCAGCAAAAUCUUGAUACCGGUCAAAACACAAUCAAAGAGGAACAAUCACCAAAAACUUUCACAGCAACAGACAAUCACCCGCAUCCACAGUCACGUGGAAUUCAACAAUCUGUUAUCAUGCGUCAUAGAGCAAACAUCGUGCCCGACACAUUAACUGAUUCCCAAAAAUCAAUUCCCCAAAAUCAAACCAAAUACCCAGAUCACGAGGACAGAUCUGACCAACAUUUUCGUAAUCUACAGCAAAAUGGACAUACUGUUGGGGUGGAUCUACAUGAGAUUCAAGAUAGAAAUUUCAAUGCUCAAGAUAUUUAUUCGCAUUGUUUACGUGCUUCCUGUGCUUAUGACUCCUACACAAAUCAGACGGAUUACAGCCAAACCCCGAUCCCGACUCCUAAACAUUAUUCAUCCGUUCCUCAGCCCGGAUAUGCCAGUGUUAUUGUGGAUACUCAGCAGUACCAUUUAGCGAACGGUUAUGUGCAUUAGAUAUAUGCUUUUUAACAUGAGUUUUUAUAGGUUUUGUACAUUUUUCUCUCUCAGUUGCUUCCGUCUCCGGUGUGAGGAUAUCAGAGAGUUGUGUAACUCUAGGAACGGAUUAAAGGGAUAUGAUUUGUCAACUAAAUGUCAAAAUGUCAAGAACCAAGAAAAUACAUAUGUAUUGAAAAACGUUUUAGCGCCUCCUAUUCAACCAUGGAAAAGUAUUUGUACUUUGCUUGAACAAAAUUCUUUUGAUUGUCAUCAAAGAGACUUGAUUUCAAUCCCCUCCCCAUCCUCACAUCUGAAAUAAAAGUUUUCUACACGUCUACAAGUUUCUCAAAAAAUAAGCGGGUGCUAUUCCAAUAUCUAUACAACAAUGAAAUAAAUUUUGAACUUAGAAAUAUCAUUUUCCGUGUAUUAACCAGAUAUUGAUAAGAGAAAACAGUUGAAUAUGCAUUUAUAAAACCUAGAGAAUUCCGUACUCGAAAACGCGAAAAUAUAUGUAUAAUAUUUUUAAUCAGGAUUUAUUUGUCUUUUAUGUUUCAAUAUAUCCUAGAGUUUCUAUAGACCAACCUUGACGAAAUAAACUUUGAGAAAAAGGUCAUUUUCAAUAAAUAUAGAAUCAUACCUUCUACAAAAAUGCAGUAUUCAUUAAUGUCAGAAAAUACUCAAAAGAAAAGAAACCCGUAAAAGUAUGAACUCGUUCUUGUACCAGCACAUGUAAUUCAUCUAAUGCAUCAAUUGAAACGUUUUUUUUUUGCCUCUUCUUUUUUUUAAAAUUGUGUCAAUCAUAUCGUUUAAUUUCCAAUAUUAUGUAACUCUUCAGUACAGGGAGAUAAAAAUAUUAUUCAGAAAGCGAGAUUUUAAAUGAUCAGCUUGAUGGGUAACUAAAUUACUGACUGGUCAACUUAUUUCUCAGUCACAGAUUUUUUUUAUAAGUAUAUGUAGGUAUAUGUAGGUAAGAGUGAUGUAGUUUCCUAUAGUAUUUGUAAACAGGGUUUAAUUUUAAUAAGUUAUGUUAAUGAGAUGCCAUAAUAAAAUGAAUAAAAACCACAA